UAUUCGGAUCAGAUCUGCAUUGUUUUCGUUAUUUAUAGGCAGUGGCGAGAGUGGGUGGAAGUUAUUCGUGGAAUCACGGGAGAACACUCGUUAUCUGUGGUCCACCAAAGAAUCUACGGAAAAUACACAUAUACAGGAAAUGAUCUUUGACAGCUGUCAGUCCAAACAAGCAGUAAAGAAGUCCAUCCGUUUACACGAUCAUCAAUUCAGAGGGCUAUUCCUGGCCACUAUUUGUUGAAACGAUCGACCGUACAAUCAUUCUCUACAACAAAAUGUAAUUCAGAUAUACCACGGUAAACCUACUCGCCGAUGUUUUAACCAGUUUAAACCCCGAUAAAAUGCCUACCUCAAAUUGAGUACAGCCACAUUUCAAUGAAGCUCAUUGAUGAGCUACUACUCACUUCGUAGGAGGAACGGAGUAAAUAUAAAACAUAUGUCAUGUUGUACAUGAUGAUGAGAGUCAACUUGAAGACAUUGCUGCUUGUCCUCGUUGCCUCUGUUUGCAGCUCUUUAUUGACCUUGUGGUACUACUGCGGGUUAAAAAAUUCAGAUUGGAAAUCAACCCUGCAGUACAAACACAGUGUACUUGAUCGGGCUAGUAAUGAACUCCCAGGAAAUGAAGAAAUCGACUGUUAUAUCAACGGCGAAUAUUCUAUUGGGUGUCGAAAAGAAGGGGAUGAAGUUUACUUGCCAUUCUCAUUCAUCCAUAAGUACUUUGAGAUAUAUGGAAAGCUUGCAACAUAUGACGGUCUACAGAGAUUCGAGUGGUCUCACAGCUACUCUAAGCUAGUGAGUCCAAAGGGUAAAUACGACCCGCGAGGGGUGUUUAUGUACUUUGAGAAUUACAAUGUUGAGGUUCGAGAAAGAGUAAAGUGUGUGAGCGGAAGUGAUGGAGUGCCAAUUUCCACUCAAUGGGAAAGUCAGGGUUACUAUUAUCCAACACAGAUUGCCCAGUUCGGGCUUUCCCAUUACAGUAAGAACCUGACCGAGCCAGAACCACAUAAAAAAACAAUUGAGGAUUCCGAUAAGACUCAACAAACUUGGACGGUUCCUCAGGGGUCGGUGGUUUCGAGACAAUAUGAUAAACUGGUCAACAGUCAUGUUAUGAAAUAUGCCACUCCAGAAACUAGCAGCUCUGGUAUAUCACUGAAGUUUGAUCACGUGCUUGACCUGGUACUGAAAUUGGACUUGUGCACUAAGGACAAUGGCAGCGUCACCGUUGUACUUCAAUCUAGGGAAAAAAAGGAUGUGUAUUAUCUGCACUAUACAACAAGAAACUUAGUUAUGCACACUAGAGACAAUCAUAUUUAUUAUGGAAUUGGUUUGUCCAACAACCGUUGGAAGCAUCUCACUAGAGAUCUAGUAGUUGAUUUGCAGAAAGGGCUUAAUUUGAAUGACAAGACAAAGAAGAAAUUGUCACGGUCGAAGCUGAAGGCCAUCAAAAUAAUACUUUAUGGUUCUGGAAUGAUUGACAAUGUGACACUCUCGACCAGUGAACAUAUGGAACAAUUUUAUGACGCUGCUCGUUGGCUUGCUGCUAAUCAAAAUGUGACUUCAGGGGGUUGGCCCAAUCCCGUUAGACGAAAAGUUGCUACUGGAAUGGCGACCCUGGAACCUGGAUGGUACUCCAGCAUGGGUCAAGGGCACGCCAUCUCAGUAUUAUCCAGAGCUUAUUACCAUUCUGGCGAGAAAAGAUAUUUGCAGGCAGCUAUCAGAGGCCUACGACCUUUCAGAUUGUCUUCUGCGAAAGGCGGAGUGGCUGCUUCUUUUCUUGGUAAAUACAUUUGGUAUGAAGAGUAUCCCACGACACCUUCUUCUUUUGUACUUAACGGUUUCAUAUUCUCACUGCUUGGCUUAUACGAUUUGAAAACAAUAGCAUUAGGCAAAGAUGCCGACGAAGCAUCGGCACUUUUUGACCAAGGUAUGGCGUCGCUAAAAAGCAUGCUGACACUCUAUGAUAUGGGUUCAAGAACUACUUAUGAUUUACGUCACUUUACGCUCAGAACCGCGCCAAAUUUAGCCAGGUGGGAUUAUCAUGCAAUACACGUCAAUCAACUUCUAUUACUAAGCACGAUAGACAACGACCCAAUUUUUACCACGACUGCUGAACGUUGGAUAGGAUAUAUGAACGGAAAACGUGCCGCACAUAACUAGCUCAACCGAUAUAGUAUUAUAUCAUUUCAUUUUGCAGUAUUCAACAUUCUUUUUCCAUUAUUAUUGGCGUAUACGUUUUAUUGACUCUACUACGCAAUCACUCGCAGCUAAACACAAUAUCACUCAACAUGUUAGUUGAAUAUUACAAUUAAUUUAUAUAUAUUAUUUUAGUAAUUUUAUUUGGCAGAGUUGAAUGACUCUGCAUACUGCAUCAAAAACACCAUACCCAAUAAUGCAUUAAUGCUUCGUACCACCUAUGGACUACUUCAUUUCUUUACUGCGUCUUUAACUUUCACAUCGCGACUGUUAUCGGCGCGUAUUAUUUUCAUUAUUUAUAUUAAAGAAUAUUUUUAGACGAAAUAGGUGCUUGUCUUUUGUGCUACAAAAGCGUUAGUUUCGUAUUUUGACCGUAUUAUAUUUCACCGCUUAUAAUCUGUGUAUCUGACCAAUCGUGCUACUCUUAAUAACAAUCCUUUCUUCAUUUUGUAAUCAAUCUACCAGUCUCACCAACUAUGUGUGAACAAAGUUCCGACUAAAUGAUAGUACGUGACUUAAAUCAUAUGUUCACUUUUCUUAAGAUUCUAUAAUACAUGGUAUUCAUUUCAAAUAUAAAUAUUAUCUUUUUACUGUCGAUCCACUGAGAUAGAAAAAAAUUCAAUCACUCAAAGAUGCUCCUUCCAAUGUCGAACAGUGAACUCAAAUGACGAUUGAUGGUAGAUACAGGAUUUUUGUGAGUGAGAAAACCGAGGCUGUGACCUAUUACUUAUUAUUUUCAUUUUGUAUUAGUAUUCCAUAAUUUUAUGUACAAUUGACUGCUGAACUCUUUGAAUUGCAAAAAUAUGAUAGAAACAAUUGUAGAGUAAUGGAAUUCUGACGGUUUUUCGUUUUGCUGCCUAAAAAGAUAAUCAGUUAUCACUUUAAUAUUAUACUAUGUUUAUAUGAUUUCGGAAUGUGAAUUGUAUAGAUGUAGACCAUAAAAUUGUACAAAAUAUGCCACACAUAUGAGCUUUAUGAAUCCAACAUGUGGAUGUUAUAAUUUAUAUAUAUAUAU